GUGGAAGUUUAGAACACUAUAGAAGGAGUCAGGAACCUAUCAAAUUCUCUUUUCUUCCCAAACUACCCCUCGAUCGGUGCCAAAAUUACAGCUCAGUCCACACGAAAUAAGAAUUAAUCAGGAAAAAUGGCGACUGAUCAAGAAGCUAUUGAAACGUUCAUGAGCAUUACCGGCGUCGAUGAAGCCACCGCUAUACAAAAGCUCGAGGAGCAUUUGGGAAACCUCAACGAAGCUGUCAAUGCCCAUUUUACCGAAGGGGACAGAAACCUAACUCAACAGACAUCUUUUACAUCUUCUCGAGCUGAAGACAUGGAUAUAGAUGAUCCUAUGCCAUUUGAGUCCCAUAGACCUCCACCGUCCUUAUUACCAUUUGGGAGAGACUUAAAUCCAUUCUCACUCCUUGAUCCCAACUUCACUAGAAGUAUUUUUGACAGGGGUGAUGCUUCAAAUCGGUCACCCUUUGUCUCACAUCCCAGAGAGGUGAGGGAGAUCCCAAUUGAAGUGAAAGAUGAGACUGGUGCUACUGGCCGUUCUGUUGGUGCUCCCAUCAUUGAAGAUGUAACUGGAUCUACACGCGAACAUGGAACAGAAGAACAUGGAACAGUCAUCAUAGAUGAUGAAGAUGAUGACAAAACCUUUCCAACUUUACCAACUACACGUGCUACUGCUCAUGGGAUUGGAUAUAGCUCCAGAUUUUCUGAACCAAGUGCUCCAACUACUGUUGACAUGCCUGACUAUGGAAAUGAUAUAGAGGAAGAAAUGAUACGUGCUGCCAUCGAGGCUUCCAAGCAUGAGGCUGGAAUGUCAAGUCAGGAUGUUAUGGAUCCUGCUUCUGCGCCAAUACAGUCUCACCCAGAAGAUGCUGAGAUUGCACAUGUCGUUUCCUUAUCAUUACAGACUGCAGAGCGUGAAAAAGUUCUCAGGGAACAAGAGGGGAAGGCUACACCCUCAGGAGCAGUUCAGAUAUCAGGGGUGUCAGAUGAGAUAGGGAGAUUAUCCUCAAAUGGAAGGCAAUCUCAAUUCGAGGUCGGAAGCACAACCUUGCCAGAUGAAGUUGAGGAUGUGGAAGAGCUACCACUGGUCAGACGUAGGAGGAGAAGUGUGUCUUCAGCCCCUAUCAGUACUUCUGAACAUACUGAAGAAAUUGACGAUACACCACCUUCCAGUCCUCCACCAGAAAAUAAUGUUCCCCGUCCCCAGCAAAUUGGAAGUGAAUUCCCAUCUGAUGAGUGGGGUGGCAUCUCAUCUGAGGAACACGAUGAAGCUGUAAUGCUUGAAGCAGCAAUGUUUGGUGGUAUCCCAGAAGGAGGUGGAUAUAAUUUCCCUUAUGCACCUCAUCAUCUCUCGCAUAAUGGUUUAGGUGUUAUGGGUCCCUACCCCAGGCAUACACCUCGUCCUCCAUCACCUUCUCUUACUGCCCAGCGUUUGAUACGGGAGCAACAGGAUGAUGAAUAUCUUGCUUCAUUACAAGCUGACCGAGAAAAGGAAUUGAAGGCCAAGGAAGAAGCUGAAGCUGCUCUGGUAGAAGAGAGACUCAGGGAGGAGGCAACACAUAGAAAAUUGCAAGAGGAACAGGAAAAUGAGAGACAAUUAGCGGCAAAAGAGGCAUCCCUUCCCGGGGAACCAACUCCUGAUGAUGAGAAUGCUGUUACCCUCCUUGUGCGCAUGCCCGAUGGAAGUAGGCGGGGACGACGGUUUCUCAAGUCAGACAAGCUACAGAGCCUAUUUGACUUCAUUGAUAUUGGCAGAGUGGUCAAACCUGGCAGCUAUAGAUUGGUGAGGCCAUAUCCUCGACGUGCUUUUGGUGAUGGAGAGAGUCCCUCAACUCUUGAUGAAUUGGGUCUAACCAGCAAGCAAGAAGCCUUGUACCUGGAGCUGAUAUAGUAUAUAUGCUUAUUUUGCAAAGCUCCCAAGAAUUCAGGCCGAUACAAACCUAUUUAUCUCGACUCUUGUAAGUGAUCUGAAGAUGUGGGGUGCGUUUGUUGCGUUUAUUUGUUUCAUUGUGGUCAUGAUUUUAUUCUCAUUUAUAUACAAGGAAUCAACCAAAGUUAACUUAGACUAGCAUCUUCAUGUAAAAUUCGCCCUUCCCUUGGAGAUGAUCAAAGUGGCGUUAUCGUGGACCUUAAAAUUUGAACAGCUUUGGCCUUGUUGCCUAUUAAUUAUCCUGAAAUAGAGAUUGUUAUUUGAUGUUGGUGUGA